AUGUCGGUCGUCGUUGCCCCGCCUUCCCUGUACCUGCUGCUAGUCCGCGACCACCUCAAGGCUCAGAUCGAGGUCGCUGCCCAGAACGUCUUCGACAAGCCGGACGGCGCCUUUACUGGUGAGAUCUCGGCCCACCAGCUGAGCGACAGCAACAUUACGUGGACCAUCCUCGGUCACUCGGAGCGCCGCACCCUGCUCGGCGAGUCGGACGCCCUUGUGUCGUCCAAGACCAAGUACGCCAUUGACAACGGCCUGGGUGUCAUCUGGUGCUGUGGCGAGUCGCUUGAGCAGCGCGAGUCCAACCAGACCGUCUCUGUCGUCACGGGCCAGCUGGCCGCCCUCAAGGAGGCCCUUGGCACUGACGCUGCGGCCUGGGCCAAGAUCGUCGUUGCCUACGAGCCUAUCUGGGCCAUUGGCACUGGCAAGGUGGCCACCACCGAACAGGCCCAGGACGUGCACGCUGCCAUCCGCGGCUGGCUGAAGGACAACGUCAGUCCCGCCGUCGCCGAGGCCACCCGGAUUCUGUACGGCGGCAGUGUCAACGAGAAGAACUGCAAGGACCUGGCCAAGCAGGCCGACAUUGACGGUUUCCUGGUUGGCGGUGCCAGCCUGAAGCCUGCCUGUAUGUUCAUCCCCAUCCGUUUUGUCCCCAUGGAUUUCGUCCUGGUCCAUCUUUACCCCAUUGUUCUCUACUAA